CCUGCGCAUUUCUGUACAGAAAAUAGAAAGGACAGAGGUAAACUCGAUUUCGACCUCAGAAAACAGUGGACAGAAAAAUAAACAACAAAAGGCACAGAACUCAGUUUCCAAAAACAAGGAGCUAAAAAUGGCGAGCGCUCUCUUAUCUACUUCCCCCUUUGUCUCUGUGCAAAACAGAGAAGUGGGUGGACUUGUGAGGAAUUUCAGAAGCUCAUUCUAUGGCAAAGUGAUGUUCAACCAAACUUGUGCGAGAAUGAAAGCUAAUAGCAGCCAUGGAGACCGUGCCGUAGUUGCCUCAGUACUUGGAAGGAGGGUCAAGAAGAAAGAGACUGUGAUUCCCGACCCGGAUUAUCGCAUACCUGUCGUUUUUCUUGGUCUAGCUGGGGGGCUAGCCUAUACAAAUAAUCUGUUGCCAGCUGCACCUAUUGGUCUCCUUGGAUUGCUCCUAUUGUUCCAGACUACAAGAGUGAGGUUCGUCUUUGAUGAAGAGGCUCUGGAGGUAAAGGUAGGAGAACAGCUUCAGGAUUCAGGUGAAAAUGUCUUUGUGGGUGGAAAAAACCGUUGGAAAUAUUCAACAUUCGUGAAUUGGGAGCUUUGGUGGCCAAGUUUCCCUGUUCUCGUGUAUUUUAAGGAGACACAAACAAAACCUGAAGGACAAAUACACUUCUUUCCAGUGAUUUUUAAUGGGAAGCAACUUUACGAUGUUAUGGUGGAGAGAGCUGGCCCUUCAAAAAAUAGUGGGCCUCAAUAAUCCUAAAGGCUUGAGCUUUGUGCUCACAACCAUCCUGCUGUGCCAUCUAUAGCAUAUAGAUGACUGUAGUGAGCAAGGUAACAGAUCGUUGUGCCUGAUUGUUGAAGCUACAUUUAGUACAUAUAUUUUUACACUGGACUCUAGAAUGUGUCAUCAGAUAUUUUGUUAUUGUAAUUACACUAUCAUAUUCUGGCGCGGUUUUAGCCAGCUCAAACUUCCUGACUUGAGAAUGUUCUCAGGAAACGUUCUAUUAUGCACAAUGUAUACAAUUAGUUUGUAAAAGGAAAAGACAGUUUCCCUGUAUGUAUCGACAUGAAUGGCCAUAUGUGGUUAAUUCAAGUGAGAGUUGUUCUGCCCUUUUUAAGUUCUAUUUACACCCAUUUCACACCGGCUUAUCAAUGAUCAAGUGUGAAUUCUU